AUGUUCUCCUCGCGCUGGGCGCGCGCGUCCUUGAGCAACACCGUGGCGACGCCUGGGCUGGCUCCGGGCUGCACUACGAUGGCCGUGGGCUGCUGGUUGGGGUGCCGGCCGGCCACGAUCGCCUGCAGCGGGUUGGCCGUAGUGUUCACCACGGGCGCCGCCGCGCCGCUACUUAUAGCGCCGCCCCCCGCCGCCGCCGCCCCACCGCCGGCGGCGGCGGCGCUGACGCUGACGUCGACGUCGGCGGUGGGCGUCUGGCUGGCGUCCAGGUCGGGCGCGGGGGACCCCACGGCCGCCGCCGCCACCGCCGCCGCCCUGCCCUUGGAAGCCGCAGACGCCGCCCCCGGCGCCGCCCCCGACGUCGCGCCGCCACCGCCGCCGCCGCUGCUGGUGCUCUUGCGCUUGUGGCGGGAGCCGCGAGUGCUGCGCCGGUGCAGCCGCGGGGGCGGCGCAGCCUCCGACACGUCCUCCCCCGUGCCCGUGCCGCCUCGUGGUGGCACCUGCGGACAGUCCGGCGAACACACGAGCUCACCCAUUAGUUCUCCGUGGCUGGCGCGACACGGCGCCUCCGUCGCUUGGGAGAGGUCCGCUGGCUCCGGCAAGCUGCAAGCGGCAGUUACCCAACUCAAGGAGGCGGCAGCCAACACUUCCCAAUAG